AUGGAUGAGCGUGCGCCCUCAAGUUCACUACGCGGGAACGCGAUACAUCCAACACCGAUCAAGCCCGAAACCUACUACGGCGAAGGAACUUUCGAUCCGCCUAGUAGCGAUGAAGAGGCUGACGAACUACUCGAGAAGGGCGGCAGAGAAUCAUCAGAACAAGCGGAACGCGCAGGCAUGAGAAGUGCGAUGGUGGAUGGUGGUACUCUGUUGGUCGGAAUACGCAAGGCAAGACGACCCGCGUCUCUCUGCUUUCUGGUCGGUUCUCUUGUUACCCUGGUCACCCUUGCUGCUGUCAUAGGAAUCUUUGCGGCCCGCUCGUACACUGGGACCCCAUUCCGCAUCCAUGGCACCAAGCACAUUACCAUGGACCAUGUCUUCAAUGGGACCUUCUCUGCGCGAAGGGAAGGCAUUCUGUGGGUUCCGGAAGCUGGGGACGGUGUUUUCGCUACUCAGAUGGAUGGACAUCUCACUUUGGUCGACUUGAAGAGCAAUUUAACAAAGAAGCUCGUGGACUUCUCAGACCUGAAAGAUGAACACGGCCGUCGUCUGUAUCACUCGUCGUGGAAACUAUCGGCGGACAUGAGAUACAUGCUCCUCAAAGCAGAUACAGUCAAGCUAUGGCGACAUUCUAGCCACGGGAAUUACUACAUCCACGAUUUGCAGACUAAGAAUACCUGGCCGCUAGUUCCGCCAACAUACCCUCCCGUAACAACUUAUGCAACAUGGUCACCUACGGGCCAGCGAAUAGCAUAUGUAGUCAAUAAUGACAUCUAUGUGGUGCCUUCACCGUCUUCAUCCGCUGUGCCCAUCCGCGUCACUACCACCGGAAAUACUUCGAUGUUCAACGGCGUGCCUGACUGGGUGUACGAAGAAGAGGUUUUCUCGACCAACUAUGCCUUAUGGUGGUCUCCGGACAGCCAGAAUAUCGCAUUUCUUAGUCUUGACGAGACCGCUGUGGACGAAUACACCUAUCCCAUCUACAACCCGAAAAGCGAUUCGUACACUGUCGUCCCAUACCCUGAGCAGAUCAAGAUGAAGUACCCAAAGCCAGGUUAUGGUAAUCCGCUUGUAUCGCUUCAUAUCUUCCAGGUGGACAAGUAUAUGAAGAGUAGUACGAGCAGAGUUCGGCCAGCAGACGCCGUUACUGCCGCGUCACUUGCGCUUGACUGGGAUGGGAGGCAGUCUUCUGAUAACAGCAUUAUCUCCGAAGUUGCUUGGGUAGGUAAUGCGACGCUUCUAGUGCGGGAAGUGAAUCGAGCCGGAAAUAACGGCACGGUCGCCGUAUUCGACCUGACCAGGGCAGGAACCGGCCGUGGUCGCGUUGUGCGGCGGCUCGGCAAGGACGGUGAACAAGGUGACGACGGAUGGAUCGAUGCUGAUCAGAAAGUCUACCCCAUUUCUGCUGCUUUGUCGCCGAAUGGCCAUUCGGCUUACCUCGAUAUUGUACCCACACCCGAAGGCUACAAUCACAUUGCGCUCUUUAGCCCUGCCGACAGUAGCGCACCUCGAUUCCUGACAUCAGGCGAGUGGGAAGUGACCGGAGACAUUCUCGCUGUUGACGCAAAGCGCGGCCUCGUAUACUUCCAGGCGGCCAAUCCAUCGUCUCUCCAGCGACAUGUAUACUCUGUCCCAAUGCCUGCUAUCAGCUCUUCGGAAGCUGUCGCGCCCACCUCUCUGACGGACACAUCCAGCCCGGGAGUAUACAGCGCAGAAUUCUCUCCGGAAGGUGGAUUCUAUCUACUGUCGUAUCUGGGUCCUCAGCCGCCGUGGCAGAAAGUAAUUGAAAUCGGUAAACAUGGACUAGAGUUCGUGUUGACUGAGAAUCCUCAGCUUAAUGAUACACUUGCUCAGUUUGAGAUGCCCGUCGUCUCCUACUCGACAAUCGAGAGUGAUGGGUACGAGCUUAACGUCAUGGAAAUGCGUCCGCCCAGGAUGGACGAUUCCGGACGUACGAAAUACCCCGUUUUGUUUAGAGUGUACGGUGGCCCGGGCUCACAACUCGUCAGCAUGUCGUUCUCGCAUGAUUGGCAUGAUUAUGUCGCGUGCUCCCUUCAAUACAUAGUUGUAGUUGUCGACGGGCGAGGUACCGGCUACAAAGGCAGGAAGUUGCGCAACCCGGUCAAGGAUAAUCUCGGCUACUGGGAGACUCAAGACCAGAUUAACGCGGCAAAGAUCUGGGCUACGAAGGACUACGUGGAUCCCAAUCGCAUUGGCAUCUGGGGAUGGUCGUAUGGUGGCUUCAUGAGCUCGAAGGUUGUUGAGGCUGAUGCUGGCAUACAUACCUUAGCUAUGGCAGUCGCGCCUGUAUCCAGUUGGCGUCUUUACGAUUCCAUCUACACAGAACGAUACUUGAACACGCCGAGUGCAAAUCCUGAAGGCUAUGUGACGGCUUCCAUCUCAAAUGUCACAGGCUUCCACCACGUUGACUACUUGCUUGCUCACGGAAGCGACGAUGACAAUGUGCACUUCGCGAACUCGGCGCACUUGCUAGAUAUGUUCACAGCGGACAAAGUGAGGAACUUUGAGUUCCGAAUGUUCACCGAUAGCGAUCACAGCAUCAACCGUCGGGGUGCAAACCGGGAGCUGUACGAGUUCAUGACGGAUUUCCUAGUAGAAAGAUGGGGCAAAGGCGGAAAGCGGAGGAGCUGGUAACUUGUCAUCGAUCUCAGCAGACAUCACAGACUCUCGUAUUCCUCUCUCUUUAUCUGAUAAUCUAAACAGGAGCUCUCAGCCGUGUCUCUCUGUAUCAUGAACAAGGUCGGCCAUCCUUUUUGCCACGAAUUGCUCACUCGCAGAGCCUCCAUUGGACCAAUUCCUAGACGAUUUCAGGCUAGCUCUUAACACGUCAUUUUCAUGGAGUCCGGCCUGAUUGAGUCAUGUUUUCCAUUUUGUGCUUGUCGGUUCUUGCACACGUUGAAGUGUUGUACUGGCGAAGCAGCUACGAAGAAUACGCUUGUGUC